AAAACGAAAAAGCCCCCAGCCGAACACCACUCUCUCUCACUCUCCCGGACUUCAGAGGCCGAGGACGCUGGAGCACGCGUCGGUCCGGCGCCCCCAUGGACCCAGCCUGCGAGGAGCUCGAGCGCCGCAGCCGCUACCUCAGCGCGCUCGUGCGCCGCACCAAGUUCGCCGACCCGCCCCAGCCCGAGCCGGAGGCCAAGGCGGACGUGGAGCCUCCUCAGCUGAAGGCGCCGCCGCACGUCGGCGGUGAGGGUAAGGGAGGGAAGGAUGAGGCCAAGGCGGAGGAGAGGACGCCGAUGAAGAAGCCGAGGGGGGAAGCGGCGGCGGCGGAGGCGGAGGGGAGGAAGGUGGCGGUGUGCGUGCGGGCGGCGGACAUGCCGCUGCCGCUGCAGCGGCGCGCGGUGAGGAUCGCCCUCGAGGCCGUCGCCGCCAUGCCGCGGCUCGAGAGCAAGCGCCUCGCGCUCGCGCUCAAGAAGGAUUUCGAUACAACAUACGGGCCCGCAUGGCACUGCAUUGUCGGCACAAGCUUUGGCUCCUACGUCACUCACUCGUUGGGGGGUUUCCUGUACUUCUCCGUCGACAAAGCCUACGUUCUCCUCUUCAGAACUGCCGUCCAGCCACUUGUCCAGCUACAAUGAGACCUGAAACAUGUUUUACUCGAACUGGUGUAGAUGCAGCGCAAAUGUAAUUUUGAACAGAAUAGACGACGCUCAGCACACCGUGUCUUGCCGCGUUUGAGUAGCAGAGGUAAUUUGAUCUGUACACAAGACUGUAGAACAGCCGUGCCUCUAACGUUGUACUGCCCGAAGUCCUGCUUUGUAAACGUUCUUGUGCAAUCGUUUGGAGUUACAGAGGCUGACUGUCAGAUACUCGGAUCUCGAUCUCCAGCUUUACCUCAAUAUCCAAUGUACACAAUCUUUCUUGUGACUGC